CCUCUUUGGAUAGAAUAUAUCGGUACAGAGGGAUAGAUCAGUUCGAACGAGUUUCUCCCCUCUGCUCACGGCCUUCUCCCGAUUUUCUCCCCGAAGGAAGUCGGCCAGUGGCAACUCGGCCGUUCCUGAUACACGUUGAGCGGUCUAGUUCGUGGGGAAGAGCAGAGAGUCGACAGUUGGGAGUCGGAAGAGCGUGACCGUAGAGCGUAUGCGCCAUAUGUACAUAAUUACUACGGCCAAUCGGGAAUUGAAAGCGUUGUGCAAAGCUUUGUCGAAGCGUCGAAGCUCCAGGGUCUGCUUCGUCCCGUUGGUUCCCUCGCGUGCGUGCAUAAGCGCGCGCGCACACAGCCGCGCAACGGUGGUUCAGUUGGUUAUUGACGUUCAUGUGCACGGGGCGCGUUGCUAGAGUCUCUUCAGGCACAGCAACUUGAGAAGAGCGAAGAGAAUUCGCGCGGGCUGUUCGUCAGCCGACCAAUCAAAGAUAAAGAGAACGAGAAAUACCAAAGGCCUACCGAGGCCGGAGGAAGGAAAAAACGGAAGGUGGGACUGAUCGUAGCAGCCAGAAAAAAUAGCCCGGUUUGAGCGAGGAGGGAGGUUACAAAACCGAACUACAUGGCUCCAAAAAUUAUUCCUUCUUUCCCCCGACCACGCGUCUACUAUCUACGUUCGAGCGAGCACUACCGGUUCAAUCAGUGGACCGUCACUUCGAAAUAAUUGAAUAUUCGAUUCGAGUUCGGUCAGUUUCGUGAGUUUUGGAGUCAGGAGAAGAAGAGCGAUCCAGCGGCAGCCAGCUCUGCUCUGUGUACAUCCCCUAUAUUACAUUUUGAACGACAUAUACACUCGAGAGUGUAGGUAUCACAACUGUGACAGCGAGCUUAAAGAGAAAGAGAAGGAGUGUGCGCAGGAAAAGAGAAGCAUGAUCGCGAUGCAAAUGACGCUGCCGAUUUAGUAAAUCGUCGUUAAUAUUUUCUACAGUACGAGAAUUGUCCCUCGCUUGUAAAGCUUAUGUCACAGGCAAUCGAAAGAAACAUCAGCAUCCACGGAAGACGAAAGAGGAGAAAAUUGAAAGAAGAACGGUGUCACGGUGUAAGGAAAGAGAGGACGGAAGAUCGGGGGCAUGUUCCAGGACAAUAAUCCUGUUAGCAACGUGAAACGUGAGCUUCCUCCGAUUCCUUCGAUUCCUUCGAGUCGUUAAAGUGAUUCUCCUUGUGCCUGGACCGCUGUGGCGAUCUUUCAUGAUUUAGAUGCAUCGUUUUCGCAUGGGGGACAAACUGAUGUUCUCGCUUGUGCAAAUAGGAAUCCUUUCAACGAUCGUUGUACACGCAUCUUUCUUCGAUCACCCCCUUGUCCUUUUUCUUUCUUCUGAUUCGUCUCGCAAUUCACGUACGUCGUGUUUCUUUUGGUUAUUCCGUUAACCGAUCCGAUAUCGUUAAGAAAACGACGAAUCUCUCGAUUCGCAACGUGCAAAUUAAAGGAAAAAUUGCGUCCGAUAUACGACGAUUCUUUCCCUCGUAUACAACCCACGCCGUAUCGAUUAUACUUGCUGCCCCGAGACAGAUAUUUGAAUCGUUGAUUUUCAGCCUUGCCAAUGUGAAUCACAUAAUUCUCACGUAAUUCUGUUGAUCUCUUUGAAUCAUCGCCACAUUCUUCCUUCGUAUAUUGUAACGAACACAUUUCGAACCACGAGUUUUAACUUCCGUGAACGUCCAUACGACACUUUAACCGAUCGAUAGUAAAGAAUAAUACGACGAAAAGCACGGUAAGGUGAACAGGGAGAAGAAGAAUAGCCCACUGUGUGUUUUUCCCUUCUGUUGUUCACAGAAAGGAGCCUGCGUCCGCGUAGGAGCCGCUCCGACAAACAGCCGCGUUCUUCGUACCAGGCAUGCCUUCCGCGUUACUCUAAGGAAUUUUUUCUACACAGAGAUCUAACUUAUUCAGGAUAACGGUAUUAUAUUAACAGAGAGAAGAAGAAACAAACACAACAGAUAAUAAAAAAUAUUCUUAUAGUUAAACGUAACGAUUAAGAUCCUUGUUGGGCCUUUUGUUGAACUGCCGUUGUCAUUCACGUCCUCGUCUUUGUCGUCGGCGUCGUUGACACACUCGUUAACGUCGUCGUCGUCGUCGUUAUUGUUAUUGUUAAACUGUUGUUGCUCUCGAUAGCAGUCACUCGUUGCUGCCACAAUUUAUCGCUUUCCUUGUCUCUCGUGCCAGUAAUUGGUCGCCGUGGUGAUUUUUCAAAAUAUAUCUGUACACUGUUUAAAUAUCGGCUCGGUUAUCCCGAUCUGUACUGGUCCAUUGACUUGUUUCUCAACGAACGCGAAAGCAUCUAAAGACAGGAAAAAAGGAAAGGAGAAGAAUAUAAGCAAUAGAAACAGAGCAUUGAAAACGGAAAGGAAAUAAUAAGCGGAAAUUGAACAAUUUGUCUUUGAAACAAGGAACUUCGAGGUGAAGCAUGGUAGUCAAGAACGAGAGUACGAGAAAUGGGCAUGAGCUGGCUCCCUUGAACGAGGAACGUCAGGCAGGUCAGAACGUGACGAUCGUGAUAACCGGAAAUCAAAAUGCUGCUGGCAGUCAAGAAACCAAGGAAGAAAACAGAGCAGAAUGGAGCGGCAAGAUGCAAUUUUUCCUCAGUAUUAUCGGUUACAGCGUGGGUCUCGGGAAUAUCUGGAGAUUCCCUUACCUGUGCCAACAAAACGGAGGAGGUGCCUUUCUCAUCCCCUUUUUCGUGAUGUUAAUCCUAGAGGGUGUACCCCUCUUUUUAAUCGAGCUGGGUCUCGGUCAACGAAUGCGACAGGGUGCCCUUGGUGUAUGGAACACGAUACAUCCAUGGCUAGGCGGUAUAGGAAUAGCAUCGUGCAUCGUCACCUUUUUCGUGGCGCUUUAUUACAACGUCAUCAUUACCUGGUGCUUCUAUUAUCUUUUUAAUUCACUCGAGGCUGUCACGGUUAAGUUCAACGAGCCGUUACCAUGGGCGAAAUGUCCAGAGGUUGAUAAUAAGCCAGUCGAAGAAUGCGUGAAGAGUUCGGAGACUGCAUAUUUUUGGUACAGAACUACAUUGGACGCGGCACCGUCGAUCGAAGAAGGACAGAGUCUCAAGUGGUGGAUCGUCCUUUGUCUGCUGUUGAGUUGGAUCGUCGUCUUCUUUAUUGUGAUGAAGGGAAUACAAUCAUCGGGAAAGGUGGUAUAUUUUACAUCCAUGUUCCCGUAUUUGGUGCUUACUAUCUUUUUUAUUCGUGGAAUAACGUUAAAAGGUGCCAGCGCUGGAUUAGCCCACAUGUACACGCCAAAGAUCGAGAAACUGUUAGAGCCGACGGUCUGGCUCGAUGCAGCGACGCAGGUUUUUUACAGUUUCGGGCUAGCAUUCGGUUCCUUGAUCGCGUUCGGUUCUUACAACACUCCGGACAACAACUGCGUUCGGGACGUGCUCCUGGUUAGCGGUUGUAACGCCUUCACCGCUAUUUACGCCAGUGUCGUGAUAUUCGCCAUUCUAGGCUUUAAGGCAAUGACAAACGUCGAUAAGUGCUUGGCAAGUAACAUAGACUUACUUUUUCAAAAUGGAUAUAUAAUGUACAAGAACAUUACCAUGGAAGAAUACAAGGAAACUGUAAAUACGUUAAACGCAUCUGCGAUGAACUUCACACUCGAAACCUGCAGUCUCAGCGAGCAAUUGGAUAAUGCUGCCGAAGGAACAGGAUUGGCUUUCAUAGUUUUCACCCAGGCGAUAGUCGAGCUGCCUGGCGCUCCGUUUUGGUCUUGUAUCUUCUUCCUAAUGCUUCUAGCACUCGGUCUGGGUUCCCAGAUCGGUAUACUAGAAGGAAUGCUAUGUGUCAUCUUCGACAUAGAUCUGUUCAAGAGAAUAAAGAAGCAAUACAUAACAGGGGUGGUUUGUACAGUCUGCUUCUUCGUUGGUUUAAUAUUUUGUACCGGUGCUGGAGAAUAUUGGCUAAAAAUGUUCGACAGUUUCGCCGGUACCAUCGGCCUCGUGAUGGUCGCGCUCAUGGAAAUGAUUUCAGUCAUUUUCGUUUAUGGUCACGAAAAAUUCACGAAAGAUAUCGAGGAAAUGACAGGAUACAGACCGGGGAUAUAUUGGCAAUUUACCUGGCGAUUUCUUGCCCCGAUAAUCAUGGUCUGCAUUCUCCUUUCCAGUAUAGCGUCCAUGUUCAUCAAGAAGCCCACAUAUUCUGCAUGGGACGCGUCACGGGGUAUAGCCGUACCCACCGCGUAUCCCGGUUGGGUGUUGGCUAUAGCGGUCGUUAUCAUUUUCGCGGGCAUCGCGCCAAUACCGAUCGUAUUUCUUUUAAGACGGUUCCAAUGCGUCAAGCUGGACGUUGACAUUCAUCAAGGCAGUAUACGACGCAUAGAUACCACUGUUUCUACCAAAGAGAUGAUGGGCGAUGUUGAUUUGGACGAGUAUCACGACCGUCUCGAAGAUUUUCCCGAAGAGGACGAAGAUGUGAAUAGCGACGAUGACAACAACAGUGCACCGCCCAUAACGAAGAUCGUCCCUAACAAGCUUCAGAGUAAACCGUUCAAAAUGGAAGUGAUGGACUUUUAAAAGCAAGUGUUGGGUCCGCGAUCUUUCGUCGCGCCGUUUCUUCUUACAAACAAAUCAGGGAAAGAAGGAUAAUCGAACAUUUAUCCUUUUGGAAUUUCAUUUCUUAGGAGACGCGUAAAAUGAUAAGAAUUGCAAAUCCGAAUCGAGGAAUGAAAGAAUUGAACGAUCGGUGCUUUUUGAAAGCAAUACUUACUUUCCGUCGAACUUAUGACACGGUAUUAACGUGUACGAAGCAAAUAAGAAACGGAAAAGCGGAGAAAACUCAAAAAAAUACUCGGCGUCACAGAAUGCAUGGUAAAGAGUGAGAGAGAGAGGUCGAUUCUAAUCGCACUCGAAAUCGAUUCGUCGCGCCUUGCUAGCUUUGUUCGAUUGACUCUGUUUCAUUGAGAUUUAAAUUAUCUUUGACUUGGUCUGAUCGAUAACUUCAGGUGAUUGGUUUUUGUCCAGUCCAUCUAGUUCGUUCGUUUGAUCAUAUGAUCGGUAUUAUACAGCAAGUUGAAAAAAUAAAAAAAUGCAGAAUUACGCACGAACCCCUUACGGCAGCAUUAUUAAGUCUAGACUUCUUCCGCGAAGAAACGAAUCGCGUUGAUAUUAGCCUCCCUCCUUCGUAUCUUUAGAAAGAGUACCGUCUACUUAUGUUACGGAUCAAACAAUGAAAUAUUCUGACAAAGGCUCGUCCAAUUAAAAACGAAACCUUCGAAACGUACGGAUAUUCAUAGUACGUAGAAUCGAUCGUUCGUCUUGAAAUGUUCGAGCGAUUUCUAGACGGUGCCUACGUUCCUAUUGCUUCCAAACCUCAGGGGUGAAAAGAGAAGAAAUGGUCAAAAGAGAAAAGUUGCAAAUAUCGAAACCUAAUUAAAAGUUAUAAACCUACUCGCCUAAAUAGAACUGUACGAGUAGGAAAUAGAGUAUAGACGGUAUCUCUUCAUUGAGUUUCGUAAUACUUCCGAAUUGCUAGAAAUCCGACUACUUAAGGCAGAGAUAGAUCGCGAAAUACCGUGAAAUUUGAAUGUCUCCGAGGCAGAUAUGUCGAGAUCGGGUCGAAGAAUUUUCAGGAUCGUACUUAACAAGAGAGAGAGAGAGAGAGAGAGAGAGAGAGAGAACAAUGGAGAAAAGAGAAGAACCACGAAGUGGAAAUCUCUUCGCGAUGAUUCGAAUCUUUGUCGAAGUUCAAUUUGAGCUAAACGUGGUCGGUAUCAGUUGCGCAAUCGUUCCUUAGAAAAUCGAGAAUGAGAGAUUGAGAAAACUGUGUACACGCGCGGUUCGCGUCUUCGUUGAUUUUUCUCCUUUCCUCUAAUUUCUAGGAUCGAUUACGUUCGAUCAACGUAAUGACCAAUUACGGAGGAACAGAUACUUUGCAAACGCAAAGGCGGAUAUCUUUCCGUCAAGCGAUACAAUAUACUCGUUUGACAAGGUCAGUACCUGGCUCGAAAACAUCAAUAGCAAUUCUAACAGAAAAGAGAAUAUCGAGAUACACUGUUCAUCGCGUUGCAUUGUCAUCGCGAUGCUUGAAAUGUUAUAUUUUUGGCAGCGCGUGUGCUCACAAUCAGAUUAACUUCGUGAUAGGGUAUUACCCCGUUCCUUUUCUCUCCUCUUUCAGUUCUUCUGUUUUUUCCACUUGACAUACCGGAGCAUGAUCGUUGCUGCGUUCGUAGACAUUUAAAUAUAGAUCGUACAUAGGGUAUAUUGUAUACACAAAUAUCCAAAACGUUUAAAUAAAAGCUUAUUUAUUGCCGAGUA